GAGCUCUUACUGUUCAUGAAGAGUGAAGAUUAUUCACAUGAGACAAUGGCUCCAGACAUCCACGAGGAGCGCCAGUACCGCUGCGAGGACUGCGACCAGCUCUUUGAGUCCAAGGCUGAGCUGGUGGACCACCAGAAGUUCCCCUGCAGCACCCCUCACUCUGCCUUCUCCAUGGUGGAGGAGGACUUCCAGAAGAAGCUCGAGAAUGAGAAUGACCUUCAGGAUGUGCAUGAAAUCCAGGAGUGUAAAGAGUGUGACCAAGUCUUCCCAGACUUACAAAGCCUGGAGAAGCACAUGCUGUCACACAGUGAGGAGAGAGAGUACAAGUGUGACCAGUGCCCCAAAGCUUUUAACUGGAAGUCCAACUUGAUACGUCAUCAAAUGUCACACGACAGUGGGAAGCACUAUGAGUGUGAGAAUUGUGCCAAGCAGGUUUUCACGGACCCCAGCAACCUUCAGAGGCACAUUCGUUCCCAGCAUGUAGGGGCUCGUGCUCACGCCUGUCCAGAGUGUGGCAAAACCUUUGCCACUUCUUCAGGCCUCAAACAGCAUAAACACAUCCACAGCAGUGUCAAACCUUUCAUAUGUGAGGUCUGCCAUAAAUCCUAUACUCAGUUUUCAAACCUUUGUCGUCAUAAGCGCAUGCAUGCUGAUUGCAGAACCCAAAUCAAGUGCAAAGACUGUGGACAAAUGUUCAGCACUACGUCUUCCUUAAAUAAACACAGGAGAUUUUGUGAGGGCAAGAACCAUUUUGCAGCAGGAGGAUUUUUUGGCCAAGGCAUUUCUCUUCCUGGAACCCCAGCUAUGGAUAAAACGUCCAUGGUUAAUAUGAAUCAUGCAAAUCCGGGCCUUGCUGACUAUUUUGGAGCCAAUAGGCAUCCUGCUGGUCUUACCUUUCCAACAGCUCCUGGAUUUUCUUUUAGCUUCCCCGGUCUGUUUCCUUCAGGCUUGUACCACAGGCCACCUUUGCUACCUACUAGUUCUCCUGUUAAAGGACUUCCGAGCGCAGAUCAGACAAACAAAAGCCAAAGUCCCCUCAUGACAAAUCCUCAGAUACUGCCAGCCACCCAGGAUAUUUUGAAGGCACUAAAUAAACAACCAUCAGUAGGGGAGAAUAAGCCAGUGGAGCUUCAACCAGAAGGGUCCUCUGAAGAGAGGCCGCAUGAGAAACUCAGUGACCAGUCAGAGAGUAGUGACCUUGACCUUGACGAUGUCAGUACCCCCAGUGGCAGUGACCUGGAAACCACCUCGGGCUCUGAUCUGGAAAGUGACAUUGAAAGUGAGAAAGAGAAAUUUAAAGAAAAUGGUAAAAUGUUCAAAGAAAAAGUAAGCUCUCUGCAGAGCCUGGCGUCAAUAAAUAAUAAGAAAGACCACAGCAAUCAUUCCAUUUUCUCACCAUCCUUAGAGGAGCAGACUGCGGUGUCAGGAGCGGUGAAUGAUUCUAUAAAGGCUAUUGCUUCUAUUGCUGAAAAGUACUUUGGUUCAACAGGACUUGUGGGGCUGCAAGACAAAAAAGUCGGAGCCUUACCUUACCCUUCCAUGUUUCCCCUCCCGUUUUUUCCAGCAUUCUCUCAAUCAAUGUAUCCAUUUCCUGAUAGAGACUUGAGACCGUUACCCUUGAAAGUGGAGCCCCAAUCACCCAGUGAAAUUAAGAAGAUCCCAAAGGGAAGCUCUGAGUCUCCCUUUGACCUCACCAUAAAACGUAAGGAGGAGAAGCCACUUACUCCCAUCCCCUCAAAGCCAGCAGCCCCCUCUGCAUCCAGCCAGGACCAGCCGCUGGAUCUCAGCAUGGGCAGCCGAAGCCGAGCCAGCAGCACAAAACCAGCUGAGCCUCGGAAGAACCACGUCUUUGGAGAGAAGAAAGGAGGAGACCUCGAGCAGAGGAAAGCUUCGGAGUCCUCUCUGCAGCACGCCAGGCCCACCCCGUUCUUCAUGGAUCCCAUCUACAGAGUAGAAAAAAGAAAGCUAACUGACCCACUGGAAGCUUUAAAAGAGAAAUACUUGAGACCUUCCCCGGGAUUCUUGUUUCAUCCACAAUUCCAAUUGCCUGAUCAAAGAAUUUGGGUGUCAGCUAUAGAGAACAUGGCCGAGAAGCUGGAGAGCUUCAGCGCCCUGAAGCCGGAGGCCAGCGAGCUGAUCCAGUCGGUGCCAUCCAUGUUCAACUUCCGCGCGCCGCCCAGCGCCCUGCCCGAGACCCUGCUGCGCAAGGGCAAGGAGCGCUACACCUGCAGAUACUGUGGCAAGAUUUUCCCGAGAUCUGCAAACCUGACCCGUCACCUGAGGACGCACACUGGAGAGCAGCCCUAUAGAUGCAAAUACUGUGACAGAUCCUUUAGCAUAUCCUCUAACCUGCAGAGACAUGUGCGUAACAUCCACAAUAAAGAGAAGCCAUUCAAGUGUCACUUGUGUGACAGGUGUUUUGGUCAACAAACCAAUCUUGACAGACAUCUAAAAAAGCACGAGAACGGGAACAUGUCUGGUACUGCAACAUCGUCACCUCACUCAGAACUGGAAAGCACAGGGGCAAUCCUAGAUGACAAGGAAGACUCUUACUUCACAGAAAUUAGGAAUUUUAUUGGAAACAGCAACCACAACAAUCAAUCCCCCCGAAACUCAGAGGAGAGAAUGAAUGGCAGCCACUUUAAGGAUGAAAAAGCCAUGAUAGCCAGCCAGAACUCGGAUCUGUUGGAUGACGAGGAGGCAGAAGAUGAAGUAAUGAUGGAUGAAGAGGAUGAAGAGAGCGAAAUGGCAGGGAAAGCAGUCAAAGAGCCUGCGACGAGUGACAUGCAUGAGGGCACUCCCGAGGAGGAUUAUGAGGAAACGAGUACUUUGGACAUGAACUGCAAAAGUUCCCCUGGCAGGUAUAAAGAAGAGGAGUAUAAUAAGACUGGACUUUCAGCUUUGGACCACAUAAGGCACUUCACAGAUAGCCUCAAAAUGAGGAAAAUGGAAGAAAAUCAAUACAGUGAAGCUGAAUUGGCAGCUUUCAAUGCUUCCCAGCUGCCAGAGGAUCUCAAGCAACCGUUGUACAGGAAAUCCAAAUCCCAGGCCUAUGCCAUGAUGCUCUCUCUCUCCGACAAGGACUCCCUUCAUUCUGCAUCCCACAGUUCUCCCAACAUGUGGCACAGUAUGGCGAGAGCCGCUGCAGAAUCCAGUGCCAUCCAGUCCAUCAGCCACGUAUGACAGUGCGGAGUCCUUCCGACGAUGGGACCAAGUCCAAACCAGUAGCAUGGCUCUUUCAUAUAUGACUAUUUAAAAGACUGCUGAGCAGAAUGCCUUAUAAAUCUGCAGGGUCACUCAUUUAAAGUCUGGUGACCUUAAACUGAAUAAUUUUAAAAAGAAAAAAGAAAGAAACUAUUUAUUCUCAAUAUUUUGUUUUGCACAGCAAAGGCAGCUGCUGACUUCUGGAGGAUCAAUGCGACUUAAAAAGAGAAAAAAAAAAAAGUUUCAGUGGAUUAUGUAAAUGGGGCCG